AUGGUUGUGGUGGACAUGGUCUGCCGUUGCAGGGUGAUCAAACCAUUGGAGGAGUCGCGGCCGGCGGUGCCCGGGAGGCGACACGACGCCUGCAGUGUCGCCGGGCUUCGCAGCGUCGCGAGGACGACGGUGGACCGGAGCGCCGCUGCCGCCAUGAAGCUUCUUCUUCGGUCGGACCAGGAGACGGCCUGCGCGCAUGACGCAGCGGCGUGGCGCCUCCUGAGGCCUCGUCGGGAGAUGGAUUUUCCCAACGUGUCGAGCCAGCGGGCACAGGAUCUCGCGCCUCUCCCGCGGAUUUUCACCGACGAGGAUCGUCGUGCCCACCGGAGGCGGCAGCGUCUCCUCGCCAUCGCCGAGAUGGACGUGGAAGCCAUGAUGGUGUGGCGCGAAUGCUUCCCACGGGAUAUCGUCGACGAGCGCCAGUUCUACAAGUAA